GGACAACCCCAGCCCAAUGUGAGUGAACUGGUGGUGGGGCCACUGCCUCACCCCUCCUACAUGCGGGAUGUGACUGUGGAGCGUCAUGGUGGUCCACUGCCCUAUCACCGACGUCCCAUGCUGAGAUCUGAAUUGGUACAGACAUGGAGGCAUUUGAAAGAGGUGGAACUACCCAAGGCACCUGUCUUCCUGGCUUCUGUCCUGAACUACAAUGGCUCCACUUUGGCACCUCUACAUUCCUCCCCUAGAGGGCUGAAAAACUGGGUGGUAGCAGAAGACGUGGUGUUUAAACCUGUUGCAGUCCCCUGGAGCCCAGAGCACCAGCUGCAGCGGCCACAGCUGACACGGCAGGUCCUGAGAAGGGAGGAUUUGGCAGCAUUUUCCUGGGGAAGCCCCCUUCCCCGCUACCUUUACCUGGCCAGCAACCAGACUAAUGCCUGGGGUCAUCAGCGUGGAUACCGAAUCCAGAUCCACAGCCCCCCUGGCAUACACAUGCCCCUGGAGAGCAGCAUGGAGAGGGCUCUCAGCUGGGGGAGAUACCAGCUUGUGGUGACCCAGAGGAAGGAGAAGGAAUCACAGAGCAGCAGCAUCUAUUUCCAGUCUGACAUCUGGACACCCUCAGUUGUCUUCGCUGACUUCAUCAACAACGAAACCCUCUUAGGAGAGGAUCUGGUGGCUUGGGUUACAGCCAGCUUCCUGCACAUUCCCCAUGCUGAGGAUGUCCCCAAUACGGUGACUUUGGGGAACAGAGUUGGCUUCUUGCUCCAACCUCAUAACUUCUUUGAUGAAGACCCCUCCAUCUUCUCCCCUGGCAGUGUCUACUUUGAGAGGGGCCAGGAUGCUGGGCUCUGCAGUAUCAACCCUGUGGCCUGCACCCCCAACUUGGCAGCCUGUGUCCCAGACCUUCCCCUUUUUUCUUAUCAAGGUUUCUAGAUCUGAGAGUAGGGGGGAACAUAGGGGGUAGGGGUAGGGAGCAGCAUCUGAUGAGACACUUGCCUUCUCCAUUCCCCCUUCAGUUCUCUGUAUUUUUAUCACAUUGCUCCUCAGACUCUUUACCCUCCGUACUCCUUAGGGAAUAUCCUCCUCCCAAGCUAUAAAAUCUCCAUGUGUCACUUUGGUUAAUUCUUACUGUCUGCUCAUUUUUUAAAUGACAAAUUUAUAAAAACAAUUUUGAAAUAUUCAAGCAAAAACACCACAAAUCCCACCACUCAGAAUUAGCUGAUGUUUGCAUCAUACCAGGCAUUCCUUUAUGCAUGUGUAUUAAAAAGGAAUGGUUGUUAUGUGUAAUUGAUAAUAAAAAGUGUUAUAAGAAUUUCA